AUGUAUCUUUCCAAGGCCCACUUGUGGGGGUUACUGCUACUACUUCCAGCAAGAGUGGUAACCUCGCACUCAACCAACUCCUCCGAAGACUUGCUUUGGGGUGUAUAUCGCCCAAACCUCUACUUUGGCCUCAAGCCUAGGGUACCUCAAUCUCUCGUGACUGGUCUCAUGUGGUUCGGUACUCAGGAUUAUCAAUCUAUCAGUAAAACUCGACAUGCAUGUGAUCAAGGGGACGGUCUGGACAGCUACACUUGGACCACAUAUGACCCUCGCCGUGGUGGCGAACAGGUGCUCAGAGACAGCCAAAAUAACGUCGAAUUAACCACCGAGCUGUUGAAGAUUUCCGGAGGCAACAAUGGUGGUAGUUGGGCUGCAAGAAUCAAAGGGAAACCGAUCAACUCCGAAUUUCCUUCCCGAAUUUCCACGAUAUUCUACGUCGGCCUAGAGGGUCUCGGUGGUAUAGACAUGGUCACAGAUGAGAAUGAAAACGGCAUCGAAGGGCCUGUGGAGUUUGUAGGAUCAACUCCUGACUUGGACGAUUUCACGAUUCGGAUAGUUGACAGUCCUGAAAACAAUGCAGUUACAAACGGGCCUCAUUCUGAAGCAUUCAAAGAGCGUAUCGGCAAAUCUCAUUUGGCUGGGUUGCGACUAAACCGAGGGGACAUUUGGACGGCCAAAGAAUGGAUAUUACAAAAUAUCGUCAAUCAUGCGGCAGACAUUGUUCAAAAAUAUCGGACAUCGACAGCACCGGACCCCUCAUUUGUUUUACAGUUAUCUGAUGAGGUUUACACAGGAAGUAACUUAUAUGCUGUACAAAAAAGUUUUGACGGAGAGUUCCAGUUUGAUGUAUUCUUCGAAAGCCAAAGUGCAGCUCAGAUGCUUGAUGCGUCAAUCCUUGACCAAGGCAUGCACGCUCUGAAUGCAUCUUUUGAUAAACGUUUCGAGGCUAUCUUUCCAACGUCGCCCUCUUACUUUGCUGCAGACCCAGGAGCCCUUAGCUCUUUCAGCAAAGCUAUAACAUCUAAUCUUCUGGGUGGUAUCGGCUAUUUCUACGGAACCUCUAUCAUCGAUCGAAACUUCGCAUACGAGUGGGACGAGGAUGAUGAUUUCACGCCCGACGCCGAUGAGGAUGCACAAAAGGACGCAAAGUUAUUAGAGCCUCAAGGUCUACUGACUGCAACACCUAGUCGCAGUUUUUUCCCAAGAGGCUUCUAUUGGGAUGAAGGAUUUCAUUUGCUGCACAUUGGACAGUGGGAUAAUGAUCUCAGCCUGGAGAUGCUCAUGGAUUGGAUCAACUUGAUUGACAAUGAUGGCUGGGUUGCUAGGGAACAAAUUCUGGGCGAAGAAGCGAGAAGCAAAGUUCCAGCUCAGUUUCAAACCCAAGUCCCCUCUUUUGCCAACCCUCCGACUCUUACUAUGGCAGUCACUGCGUUUAUCGACCGAUUGAAAUCUCAAACGUCUGGGUUAUCGGAUGAGGACCUUGGCAUGAAUUAUAUACCCGGAUCUCAGACUAUACUCACUGAUACCACUACAUUCACGGAUGGCAAUAUCUACCUGACGUAUGAUCGUGGGGUUGCGUACCUGCAGUCUAUCUACCACCCUCUUAAGCGCCACUAUGAUUGGUUUCGCCGCACCCAACGCGGACAAAUCAAGCAGUACGGUCGUAAAGCUCGUUCUCGCACCGAGGCGUAUCGCUGGCGAGGACGAUCGGAACAACACGUCCUAACAAGCGGCAUGGAUGACUAUCCAAGAGGUCCUCCUCACGCUGGAGAGCUACAUUUGGACCUGAUAAGCUGGAUGGCAUUUUUCACAAGGACUAUGCGGGAAAUAUCAGGUUUCAUUGGUGAGACUGAGGACCAAUUAAGCUUCUUGGAGAUAGAGAGAGCAAUCCUGGAUAAUAUUGAAGAUCUUCACUGGAGUGAGGAAAAGCAAAUGUAUUGCGACGUGAAUAUCGACGAUCAAGAUGAAUCUUAUCAUGUUUGUCAUAAGGGAUAUCUUUCCCUUUUCCCUUUCCUUCUUUCUCUGCUCUCCCCCGACUCGCCGCAUCUGAGGGCUGUCCUCGACCUCUUGCGUGAUCCUGACCAUCUUUGGUCACCAUAUGGUCUUCGCAGCCUGUCUGUUAGUGAACCUGCAUUCGGGACCGGCGAAAACUAUUGGAAAGGUCCGAUAUGGAUACAGAUGAAUUAUAUGGCCCUAAGUUCGUUGUUCAAGGUGUAUGGUGCUGAGGAAGGCCCUUAUAAAGAAUAUGCUAAAGACAUUUACACCGAACUGAGGAAAAACGUCAUAGACAAUGUUUUUAGCGAAUACAAGAGGACUGGAUACGUAUGGGAGCAGUACGAUGCUGUCACUGGAGAAGGGAGAAGGAGCCAUCCUUUCACGGGCUGGACGUCACUGGUAACUUUAAGUAAGGGCCAUAAUACCAUUCACAGCUUUCGCUGA